AUGAAAGAAAGAUGGUUUAAUGAAGCUGAGUAUUCGAGUGCUGCAGUUGGAGCGAGACUGUCCACUGAUGCAGCUUCUAUUCGACCUUCGACUGGAGAUGCAAUUUGGAAUUCCUUAUUCUGGUCGGGUUGUGAAACCGUUGCUGGAAAAAUUGGAUCUAAAUUAUCUGGCAGACAAAAGUAA